UUGAUCAGAAACUGGACAGACCGUAGAAAACAGAACAUUUGACAUAAAAUAAAAGUCUCACCUUUCUUUACAUGGCUAGCAGGCAUAGUCAAGUUCACACCUGGCUCAUUUAUAUCGUCCUGCUGUUUUGUACUGAUUGGUUAGCCUGAUUUAACUUCGUUUUCUCUUUUACACUCGGACCCAGGCAACCGUGUGGCCAAUCCAGGUAAGAACAGGAAGGUUGGCAAUCAGAAAAAUCAGAUGUCUCAGCUUGGAUGGGCUGAUACCAUUUCUUCUUUUGGUGGGGGAAGACUGGGCCUUGGCCUGCCACCAGCUCAAUGGGUCAUUUGCUCGUUGGAUGAGGGGCUCCUCAAGAUAUGACCUCACCUCCAUUACAGCAUCAGCUGUAGGAUUUCUUGCUGGCAGCAGCAAGAAAUUAGAGUAUCUCCAUGAUAUUGAGCUGUGUUUUUACUUGUGAUAGCAAAACAUUAAUUUGCAUUGUUGUAAGUGCUGAUUACUUUUCACUUCAUAGUAUUUUGCUUGCCUUGUCUUAUUUUUAGUACUUGUCAGGUUAGCUGCUCAACCUACCAAGCUGUUUUUAGUGCUGCAGACUGGUGUCGGCCUCCAGUUGCAGGAGUAGCUGAAGUGGGCAGUUUGGUUUGUGGUGCUAUGAUUUAAGGCUUGCUGUGGUAGUUUUGGUGUUUUCUGUUGGAAAUUCAGUUUAUUCUUAGCACUAUUCUUAAUCUCAGUGCGUUGCCUUGCUGAAUGAUCCACCAAUCCCCUGCAGUAGAACCAUGCAAUUUUUAAUUCUGUAUUGGCAUUUUGGCCCACUCUCGCUUUGCUUCUUUGAUAAAGUUACCUGUUAUUUUUAUAUUGAGAAAAGUCAGAUGUCACAUGCCUCCUUUUAAAUAUUUGCCAGUAUGCUCUGCUUUGGCUGACCUGUUCAGACGAUUGUAUUCAUUUAUUUAAACUCAAUUUGCCUGUGAUUCUUGUCAUUCCCUCCAUGCAUUUAUAUGUGCUAUUGCAUUUUUUUUUUAUCAACCUUACCUUCUCUGUCUGAUAGUUUGUGCUUUGUCCUUUCUGUCUCUGUACCUCUCUGCAGGUAUAUCAGGCUCUGAAGCUGCACAAGUCUGAUCUGUGGUCACUGGUGUCACCAAUCUGUCCAGUGUUUGUGAUCUCUUGCUUGUUGUCUGUUUGUUUAUCCUUGCUUUCUCUUUUUCUCUCCGUCCUUUAUCCUCACCCCAGCAGGUCGAGCCACAUAUCCACUGUCCCUGAGCGUGGCUUUGCUGAAGGUUUGUUCCUGUUGAAAGAGAGCUCUUCAUCCUCACCGUCACAUCUAUAAUGCUCAUGUGAAAUCUUGGGAUCUAUUGGAUUUUCCAUAUAUAGUUUUGUAGGUCUUAAUUUAAAGUUUUAGAUUAGUCUGGUAAUUUUUUUAUAGUGUAUAUAAUACUGUCGGUUCCUAACCUUAAUAUUUCAGUCAGGUUUAUUGUAUUAGAUAAUAUUGUAGUGUUGUUGGUGUAAUGUUUAAAUUGCUUAGGUUAAUUCAUGUAACUUUGCAUUUUAUAAUAUUGAAAUUACUCAGUUAAAUUCAUAUAAUAUUGCAGGGUUUUAUCCUGAAUACUUAAAGUCGUUGGAUAAAUUUGCAACGCCAGUCUUACUUCUCUGCUGGAAACCACUUUAACUCAAUGUCAGCUGUUUUAACGUGCUGUAUAAUUAACAGUGACGUGGUUCUGACUGGUUGAAUGUGUGAAGUACAGGCUACACAAAAGGGGAAGUUGUUCAAAGCCACUAAAUUACAACCAACAAUGUCAUUCUUGGUUGAAACCAGCAGAUGGCAGCAUGGUUCCUUCGCUGGUGGAAUGAUUCAUGACUGAGAAUCGCCUCUCUGUGGGUGUAGGGAUGUAGACUUGAGGCAUGUGAAUCAGUCAGAAAGAAACAGAAGCUGUAGCAUCAACUUUAACACAGAUGAUUUGUAACUUAAUCACAGCUUUUUGACGUCAGAGACCUUAUACCUCCCCCACCCACAAGGCAGAAGAACCUUGGUGGGUUCUACUUGCAUAUUAAGUACAGAAUAGACUUUUUUUUUUCAAUUCAUAAGCCCACUGAAGGCCAUCAGCACCUGUUUUAUUCAUAUUUUGAAUGAAUGAAUGCACGAUACAUUCAAAGAGAAGGAAAAGCUUGCGUUGUAACCUUGCAGAAUGAAAACGCUUUAUUAAAUAUUACGUUUUAUAUAGAGAUAGAUGGAUAUAUCUGUCUCUUUUGGUUCUAUUCUCUCAGGUAGAAUAGUUGCAUCCUACUGCUAUUUUUGUAUGUCGAGGCCUUUUUGUAUAUGCUGUCUUCCUACUUAUGUUUGUUUUCACAGCCUGAUAGUUUUAUUGGUGGAGUCGCACCAGUGGAGGACGACACAUUCCUGCUCUUUAGGAAAUACAGCAAUGUAAAAAUACCCCGUUACAGAAUGCCAGGCGAGCGAUUAACAGUAAGAGGCACGUCCGACAUCGGGCGUUUCCCUGGAGCGGCGCCACCCACCAGGGUGGAACUGACCAUCCACCAUCAGGGCGAGAAGAAGCAAGAGGAGGGAGGCUGUCGACGUUGGUUCAGGAAGAUGUGUCCGUGCUGCUGUAAGCGCCAGAACAGCACCUCCUAUGAUGUUACAGAUAAGGUGGAAUUUACCAAACCCCCUACCCCGGCCCCGGUCAUAAUGGAAAAGGAGUCUGAUGAAACAAAGCUGUCAGUGUGUUCGGUGGAUCUUCUGAGCUCCAAGACGGGUCAGAACCGACAGGAGCAUCACACUGACCUGUAUCACGGAGAUGACCUCAUCAUCCGCAGAGGACAGACCUUCCAGAUGGAGCUGGAGUUGAACAGGCCCUUUAACGCUGACACUGACAAGCUGCAUCUGGACAUGAAAACAGGUUCCCUGCCGAUGGUGUCCAAAGGCACCCAUGCCAUCAUUCCACUGGUGGAACAUCUGGAAGAUCUACGCUGGGAGGCCAAGAUCGUACAGGAAAACGGCAACAAAGUCAAGCUGUCCGUCAACUCUCCAAGCACCGCUGUGGUCGGGCUGUACGGACUCUCUGUGACAACUUCCUCUCUGAAGGGCGAGGACGCGACAACUCACAACUCCAGCAAGAACAUCGUCAUGCUCUUCAACCCUUGGUGUGAAGAGGACAGUGUGUUCCUGGAUGACGAGGAGGAGAGGAAGGAGUAUGUGCUGAAUGACACUGGGAGGCUUUACUAUGGCACGGAGAAGCAAAUCGGAUCCCGAACAUGGAACUUUGGGCAGUUCCAUGAGGGCAUCCUGGAAGCAUGUCUGUUUAUCCUGGAGAAGAGUGACAUGCCGCCUUCCGGUCAAGGAGAUCCUGUCAAUGUGGUUCGAGUCGUAUCUGCCAUGAUAAAUGCUCAGGAUGACUUAGGCGUUCUGGUAGGGAACUGGUCAGGAGAUUACUCUGAUGGAGUCUCUCCUGCGGCGUGGAGCAGCAGCGUGGAGAUUCUGAGGAAAUACCACUCCACCAAUGGAACGCCUGUGUCAUAUGGGCAGUGCUGGGUCUUCUCUGGGGUCACUACAACAGUGCUACGGUGUCUUGGCAUACCCGCCCGCAGUGUGACCAACUUCCAGUCUGCUCAUGACACGGAUGUUUCCCUCACUACAGAUGUGUAUUUUGAUGUGAAUAUGGAGCCGAUUGACCACCUCAAUAGUGACUCUGUGUGGAAUUUCCACGUGUGGAACGACUGCUGGAUGGCCAGACCAGACCUGCCUCCUGGCAACGGAGGCUGGCAGGCUGUUGACUCCACACCACAGGAGACCAGCCAGGGCACCUUCCGCUGUGGGCCCGCCUCUGUCAACGCCAUCCGCACCGGCCAGGUCUACCUCAAACAUGACACGCCUUUUGUUUUUGCUGAGGUCAACAGUGAUAAGAUCUACUGGCAGAGGAACCUGGAUGGCACCUUCAGUCAAAUCCACAGCGAGAAGAAAGCUGUUGGUCACUGCAUCAGCACCAAAGCAGUGGGCUCUGAUGAGCGAGCAGACAUCACACACCUGUACAAACAUCAAGAAGGUUCGGAAGAGGAACGCAUCGCAGUCGAGACCGCUAGUCGCUAUGGCACCAAGCCAGACGUCUACUCCACCCCGAUGGCAGAGGAUGUGUCUGUGGAGGUGAAGAUGGAGGGCGAGGGGCCCAGAAUGGGUGCUGACGCCCAGCUGAGCAUUUUGGUGAAGAACAUGAGCUCACAGCCUCGUCGGACGACUCUGCACAGCCAGGUGGCCGUCAUGUACUACACUGGUGUGCUGAGGAAUGCCAUCAAGAAGGAGCAGAUACCUGUGGAUCUUUUGCCCAAUGAAGAGAAGACCAUUGAGUGGGUUCUGCCGUACCAGCAGUACCAGAACCAGCUGGUGGAUCAGGCAGCCCUGAUGCUGACUCUGUCUGGAAGAGUCAAUGAGACCCAGCAAGUGCUGGCCAACCAGACAUCCUUCAGGCUCCGGACACCAGACCUCAACAUCACGCCUGUUGGAGAAGCUAUUGUUGGUAAGGAAAUGGCUGCCAAGAUAACCUUCACCAACCCCCUACCACGUACACUGAAAGGAGUGGUGUUCAGAGUGGAGGGCCUGGGCCUUCAGAAGGGCCAUGAAGUGGUUGUCGGUGAUGUUGGCGGUCACUCCACAGUGACACUGACUGAGCACUUCAUCCCAACCCAGCCCGGACCCAGGAAGCUGGUGGCGUCUCUCGACUGUAAACAGCUCACACAAGUACACGGGGUGGCUGACAUUGUUGUUGUUGAACAAUAAGAGGGAGCCACAAGGUUCAGCCUCUUCCACUUUAUUUUUUUCCCUUAUAGAAUAUAAACAGAGCCUCUAAUUAUAUGAAGUGUGCGAAAUUCCUGUAUCUUAAACUGACCUGUUUAUUUUGUAUUGCAUCAAAAAAAAUGAAUUUUGAUAUUCUAAAACUAUGAAUAGUCAAUUAACAACUGUAGCACUAGCAGUAUUAUUGUUUUUAUGUUUUACUUUAAGUAAUAUAAAUUCACAUUUCUGCCUAGCUGUGGUGAAGUAUGCAGAAGGAUUUAACACAUGCACAGCAGACAAAGGGCUUCACAUGCUGCUCUGACACUAAAGCAUUUCAAGACACUGAACAACACGUGGAUUUGCAGAAAGUUUUGGAUCAUAUAAAUACUGUAUUGUUCAUAUAUCUUGUCAUAAUGUGAAAAGUAUUUUUAGACAAAAUGAACCUCACGUGGCUUAAAUGAAGGGAGGGUACUGUGAAAUGUUUGGAAGGGAAAAGGUGUUGAAUAGGAAUUGAUAUUUUGAAGAAAAAAAGCAGGUGGUGGGGUAAGGUCUAAUUUUUUUCUUUAUUUUAUAUUUUGGCUUAAAAACUUUACAACUAUUGCUCAAAAUUCCAUCAAACAGAAACGUGGCUGAAAGACUAUUUUCGCUAAAAUCCAAUUUUGUGGUGCCUCUUUUAUUUUGAAAGCAAUACAUCAGCAGCCAAAAAAUUGAAAUCUACAUUAGCAGACACAAUGCACAAUGUCGCUCUGCACUUUAUGUGUGUAUACUUACACUGACAUCAGCUUUACAGUACAUUGCAGUAAAGCGACAUUGUCAAACAGAGAGCACGGUGGCCUUAAUACAUGUGAGAUUUACCUGGUUCUAGUCUGGUGCUAACUUCAGCACUCAAUGUGAAGGAAACUAUGUUAAUAUCAUCAAACUAUUUAUCAACCUAUAAUAUUUUUUGUAUCGUCUGUGUUGUAUUAAAACCCACACUGAAACGAUG